CAAUUUUUCCACUUUUUUUAUUGAUUGAACAACACUGUUAAAUGCAACGCGUGUUUUUGUUUAGCUCUGGAUUUUUGGAGCUAUCAUUUGCUUUAUUAAAUUGAAUUAAAAGAAAAUGCAAUUUCAUUUUAAAAUUGCGGAGCCGGAAGCAAAUAUUACGGGCGUUCCGAACACCACCAAUCCACAUAGUGCGUUACAGCCCCAGCAGCCGGCGGUAUUGACAGAGCCAAAAGAUGCGCAACAUGAAAUUAAAUUACAAAACAUUGUUGCCACAUUUUCCGUUGAUUGUGAACUGGAUUUGAAAACCAUCAAUUCGCGCACCCGCAACUCGGAAUACACGCCCAAGCGAUUCAGAGGAGUCAUCAUGCGCAUGCACUCACCUCGGUGCACAGCUUUGAUUUUUCGCACCGGCAAGGUAAUUUGCACAGGUGCCCGUAACGAAACUGAGGCGAACAUCGGGUCACGGAAAUUCGCACGCAUCUUACAGAAAUUGGGCUUCCCUGUUAAAUUUGCUGAUUAUAAACUUCAGAAUAUUGUUGCCACUGUUGAUUUACGAUUUCCCAUUCGCUUGGAGAAUCUGAACCAGGUGCACGGCCAAUUUAGCUCGUAUGAGCCGGAAAUGUUUCCGGGUCUCAUUUACCGUAUGGUAAAGCCACGCAUUGUCCUGCUUAUCUUUGUCAAUGGCAAGAUUGUGUUUACCGGCGCUAAAUCCAGAAAAGAUAUCAUGGAUUGCUUGGAAGCCAUUUCCCCGAUUUUGCUUAGUUUUCGCAAAACGUAGAGCCUCUAUUUAUAUACUUUAAGUUACUUUUUAAUAUUGUAUAUGUAGCAUUUACCGAACAAU